AAAAAAUCGAAAAUAUGUUUUUAUGUUAGUGUGUAAUAAUUAGGACCGAGGAAUUUGAUAAGAACAAAACGAAAUAAUGAAACUGAGAGGAAUCUAACAUUCUAUUCUAGUGGGUGUUGUCUUUGGAUCGCAGAAAAGCUCAUAGAGUUGCAGAGUCUGGAAAAUCAAGCAACCUAUUUGUUUCAUCUUUUUGGUUUGUGGGUAUCUAAGCAUUCAACUCUUCUGUGAGAAAUUAGUCCCCUAAAGUGAAGAAUGUUCUUGAGCAGUGAAGUGUAACCAGGAGUAAGAGACUGAUGGCUGCAGCAGAAGCAAGGGCUGCUUGGCAGCGCAUGGCUAACCGCUGUUUUGUCCAAGAAGAUGCCAAGAGAGCCCCAAAGUUAGCUUGCUGCCCAUCAUCAUCAUCUUCCAAACCAGAGUCUGGUAUGGGACCUGGUGAUUUUCCAAAUGAGCAAGAUCAUCCCUCAGCAGGUUUCGUGCCUCUUAACUGGAAUCCCUCAAAUUCUAAUCUACCACCUGACACAAAAUGGUGGCCUCAGUUGCAACCCAACUAUGCAUACCAGAAGGAUUUCACGUAUGAGCAGUUGAAUGCUUUGGAGGCUGAACUGGAAGUGUUAAGAGCUGGGGAGGUAAACAAGACCUCCAAACUUGGUGAGAGCGACCCAUUCAGUGAAGAUGACUUUGUCCACGUUAAUAGUGACAAAAAUUCUGAAUCUUAUUUGGACUCACUGGGUCAAGUGCCUACCACCUGUAUGCAUGAUACAGAAUCCAAAAUGCACCAGCUAAAGACUCUGAACAUUAACAAAACACAGGGCCAAUUUGAGCACAAGGACAAAGAGGGGAACUGGUAUGGAAAUGAGGGUUUAGAUGGCUUGGAUCCUAGCUUAUUCUCAAGGCCAUCCAAGAAGCUUUGCUCUGACUCAGAGUCCCCUUGGAUGAGAGCUGAGAAGACUGAGCCAUGGUGGCGCAAUGUAGAUAAAGACGAUUUAGCUUCUUUGGUUGCACUAAAAUCACUGGAGCAUAUUGAAAAUUGUGAUCUUCCUCGGCCUCAGAUGAUGCAUGUUAGCCGAGGCCCAUUUACUUGUCUUGACAGUUUUGACCGUGGAAGCAUUUUCUCAUCAUCUUUAGAUCGGAAGGUAAACACUGGUCUCUCCAACCUAAGUGAUUAUUCACAAGAUAGUCACACUCCAGGAAGUGCUGGUGGAAAUCAAGUUGAAUAUUGUGAAUCAGGCCAUUCAAUCUAUGGUUCAGAAAGACUUUUCAGCAGCUCCAAUGGCCACAAUAGAACCAAUGAAGAAUUGACAGAACCUUGCCACCUCUCUAAAAGUGAUCCAAGUAAGGCUCAACUGUUGGAAGCACUCUGCCAUUCCCAAACGCGGGCGAGGGAAGCUGAGGAGGCAGCCAAGCAGGCAUUCAUCGAGAAGGAACACAUCAUCAAGCUCUUUUUCAGACAAGCCUCACACUUAUUCGCGUAUAAGCAGUGGUUCCAACUAUUGCAACUGGAGAGCUUUUACCUUCAGCUUAAGAAAAACGACCAACCAAUCUCCACUCUCUUUCCAGUGGUCCUACCAUGGAUGCCAUACAGAGGUAGGCAACUGAAGAAGCGUCGGCAUAAAGCUGUGGAGCGGAAACGAGGUGCGCCGAAAGGUCAUAUCAGUAAGUAUGCUGUUGCUUUUGCAUUGGGUUUGGGUCUUGCUAGUGCUGGUUUGCUCCUUGGCUGGACCAUGGGAUGGUUACUACCUGCAAUCUAGAAGAAAAUGAAUAUGCAACAUUAAAUUUCAAAACCAGGUAAAUGGAUUCUGCAGACAGGAAAUUUUCGAUUAGUAUGAAGAUUUUAUGGAGGAAUGUGGGAAGUGGGUAGUGUUUCAUAUCUUUUAUUUAUAUGUACUGUUUACAUUCCUUUGUGUAAAAUGGUUUUCUGCAAAUGUAAUCUGGUGUACAUGUGAUGAGAUGUACAUUUGUAUAUAUUAUGGUGAACUUAUUUUGGAGGAAGGUCUCAUCUAUCUUCUUUGGAUUGUUUCUCAGCUUCAAUCUGUUUAGUGGAAGUGUUCCCAGGUAUAUGAAGACAGAGGUGUUUCCAGGCAUGAUAGAAACCAGCUCUGAUACCAUGUAAAUUUUCAAUUCAAAAUAUUGAUCUGUCAAAUGAAGGUCGUGUAAUUAAACACUUGGGCUGAUUUUAUCAACUGUGCUAACUUUGGUUUGGAAGUAAUACAUGAAUGUAAUGUUCACAACUUCCCUCUGGACAUUGUUGCUGUUGAAGCUGUAUAAUAGGCCUUGGGAGACUAUUCUAAUUGGUCAAUAAAAAUGUGUUUUCGUGCCA